GUCAGUCGGCUCAAGCAGUCGGCCAGCGCCUGCGGAUUGGGCAACCCGGAAGGUCACCGCUAGUGGAACCCGAGUUAGAUAGAGUGAAAACUGUAUGAUUGAAAAGAGACAGAGAAUAACGGUCAAAGAAGUUGACUAAUCGUGAAAAAAAAUCUUCAUGAAUUAAUUGGCCACCGUGGUGUCAGGCCGGUCAGGUCGGGCUGUGUUCUGUGGUUGUCUGAAUGGCCACUUGAUUGCAGGAUGGGAAAGUGUUGCUAGUCAGUGGUGACAGCGUUCCGGAAGAGUGCGCGAAAAUCCCUCUGGGCGUAUUGUGCGUGUGGUUUCUCGCGCCGAUCGAUCGAUUGCGUUCAUUGCUGCAAGACUUGCGUGUGUGGCGAAGAACAUCGCAGACCGUCUCAAGAGAAGGCAGAUGGAAAGGAACUGAACACUGGGUGCAGUACAGCUAGUGUAGUCGAUUGUCCCUUUGGAUUGGCGAGACGCACCGUCGGUGCAGUUGUUGCAGUUUCGCCCUUACGCAUAGAGUAUUUCCAUUGCAGCUGUUGACUAGCGUCUUCGAUCUCGAUUGUACUCGAUUUCCCAGACGUUUAUCGUUGUUUUUUUUGUUUUCAUCUGCCUCUUUUGCCAACGCCACUGCACUGAAUUUUCGUUUAUCGCGGCUCGCAAAGAUUAGUUGCCCAAACGCAUCGGACCAUUGUGCAUCGUUCAGAGGAAGAGAGAAUUUGCAAUUUUGUAGUGUGGCUUGAAAUUUAACCAGAGACUCGUUUACUCCCAACUUGAACAAAAUGUCGGAUACAAUGUCGGAAACUGCCGAAAGUGUUGGAAACGGCAAGGAGCUCAGCAAAGACCAGUUGAAAGUGCUGCGGGAUGCAUUCAAUGCAUUCGACAAGGAGAAAACAGGCAGCAUUUCGACGGACGUUGUGGGCACCAUCCUUGAGCUGCUCGGCCACAAGUUGACGGAGGAGGAACUGGAGGAAGUGAUCGAGGAGUACGACGAAGAUGAGUCCGGCCAGCUGGAAUUUGAUGAGUUCGUGGCACUUGCCUCGAACUACGUAGAACCAGAGGAGGACUAUGACGCGCUGCGAAAGGAGUUGCGAGAAGUUUUCAUGAUGUACGACAAGGAUGCGAAAGGAUACUUGCCCGUGGAAGAGUUCAAGGCCAUUCUUCGCGAGCUGGAUGGUGCCGUACCGGAAGAGGAACUGGAUGACAUCGUUGACGAAAUCGAUGCCGAUGGUUCCGGUACGGUGGACUUUGAAGAAUUCAUGGAAGUCAUGACAGCUGACUACUAUGGGUAAUGGCAGAAGCUACGAUUUGCGCACGUGAGACUGAGAUCCGCCGUCACCACCACCAGCAAGCCAAACCACCAUGGGACCUUUCGUGUUCCACUAACCAUUAAGGGGACAGCGGGAGGAUCCUUGCCGUCUGUAGUACCUGCACGAGUGUACGAACGUUGGUGAGCGGCUGCAAAGACGCUUCUAGUGGAGAACUGUAGCCGGUACUAGUUAGCAAGACGACGAAGAAGAAGCCCUAGCCCCGGGCAUAGAAGUAGAAAGAGAGAGUAUAGACUUUGGAAUGGUUCCCGUUUUCCAGCUUUAUGCUUUUUCAUUUUUUGUCCCACGCUGUUUAGUAGACGAGAACCCAGCCUCGGUGUUUCACAUAUUCACUCGGAACUGCAUGCAUAAAUAUUCAUUCAGCAACCUGCACCGCCAGGCUGCAAGCGCCUUUGGGAGCAUCGGGCUCAUAACACAUA